AUGACGCGCCUCCUUGCACUGCUCCUUAUAGCACACGUCGCCGCCGAGUGGGUUGAGAUCUCACAGCAGCACUACAGGAAGCCAAUCAGAACACAUACUCACUUCACAUCAGACAAAGUGAUAGAAACCGAAAAUACAACUAUACCUUGGAACUAUAACAACCACAGCGUCGUCGAGUACACCUGGAACAACAAUCCUACAACAUCGAACAUCGGCAGUGUGAAUCGUGUGCAACAUGUGGAAACUACUACAAAAGCAAAUAAAAGACUCAAGCUAGAUGAUGAUGAUGAUGAUGAUCUUGAAUUAAAUGUUGACUUUAGAAACUACGAUCCAGAAUCAAGUCAUAAAUCCACUCAACUAACUGCGGAAAUAAAUAAACCCGAUAAGCCAAAGGGUACAAUUGAAAGAGUUUCUAACCUUGGUAACAUUAAACGGGUCCAGUUAAACAGCAGCCCUGUAAAAUCGCCAGUUAUCCACAACAAAGGAGGCGAAGAAAUUUAUUUUAACAACCGACACGACAAUGGAGCUUAUAGCGGCACCGUUCACUCAGUAGCAGAUGAGCUUGGUGGUAAAAACAAACCAGAUUCUUCUAAUAGAAAAAUAUACAUUAACAACUUGAAAAAAUAUAACACUGAACGGAUAGCUACGUUUCCCCCAAAUGAAGAUGAAGGUUCAACAUUGAUUGUGGAAGCUACACCUACACGUAAUACGGACAGAUCAAAAUCACAUUUCAACAAUCAGACAACUGUGAGAAAUUUUUAUUCUCCAAAGCCAACUUUUAUUACUGAAACGGAAGAUUUUACCAAUUACGAAACUGAACAGGACAGGUUUUACAAGAUUGUCAACAGAGAAUCGACCAAAGUUAACAAGGACAAAAUUGCAAAUACGAGUGAAAACUGGCGAACCAAACCUAAUUCAAAAUUUACAACAAUGAAAGUUGAUAAAGAUAAUGAAAACUUGUAUAAUCAUAAAGAUGAUUUAAUGGCCAAUCAAGUAUUUGAAAAUAAAGAAAAAGUAACCACUGUUAUAAGUAGCGAUGUUAAAACAAAACCAAAGGACGCCGACUCACUGCCCGUCGAAGCCAACCAUAACAAGAAUGAAAUAAAACACAAAAAAGCUGGAACAACAACCAACACUACACUGAAUGAAAAUAAAGUGAAUGCUAUGGAAAACUUGAUAAAAUUCAUGAGAGUCGUCGCUGAUACUAUAUCCAAAAACUCGCGAAGAAGUUUCAGUGGAAAGAUACAAUAUUUGCACGAGCUGAAGGAUACAAUCUUAACUAAUAUCGAGGACCGCAUAGAUGCCACAUGGCCAGACGACGACAGUGCGGGUGCACGACGACGCUCACGGUCUGCAUACGCAUCACCCCGAGGCCAUGUCCACUUCCCUUCAUCAGAAAGCGCUCUCAUGACCAUAUCAUUCUUAACUUUUGCCGUUUUUCUCAUCAAAUUGGUGCUGCAAGUGAUCCACACAUACAAGAAUAAGGCGAUGAUGGUUGCCCCGCUACUGGUAGCCUCCGGACGCAACGUAUUCAACGACCGUGGAUGA